AUGCAGUCUCCAGGAAAAUCUCUGAAGGAAGCUCUGCACUGUGCUCAGAAUGAGGAUCGACUCACUGUUGGAGUCUACGAGAGCGCUAAAAUCAUGACUGAUGACCCGGACAGCGUGUCUUUCUGCGUCCUGGCCGUGGAUGAGGAGUUUGAGUGUGACAUCGCUCUGCAGAUCCACUUCACCCUCAUCCAGUCCUUCUGUUUCGACAACGACAUCAGCAUCGUCAGAGUGAGCGACAUGCAGCGUCUGGCUGAGAUUGUUGGAGACAAGGCUGAGCAGCUUGAAGAUGCCCACUGUGUCCUCAUCACGAACCCAGCUGAAGGCUCUUGGGAGGACCCCUCUCUGGAGAAGCUGCACCUGUUCUGUGAGGAGAGCCGGCGUCUGAAUGACUGGGUUCCCGAGAUCGGCCUGCCCGAGCCUUGAUCUGGGACUCGGCUCCUCUCUUACUCAGAUGCUGUAAAGCUUCUUAUCUGGAAAUACUCAUCCUGAUGAACAGGAUGACCCUGUUUCUCAUCCCUGGAUACUCCUGAGGAGGAUUCCCGUCCAGGCAGCACGGCGCCGGCCCGAGUGGCCCCCGUGAUCGUCGUCUCUUGUUCUGUCCAUGCCAAGAUGACUCUCAUUCUUUGUGUGAAUGAGGUCAGGUAUGCCACAAGAGCGACACAUCGACCCUCAUUCUUUGUGCGGAUGAGGUUUGGAGAGGAAGGAGAAGCGAGUUCUGCGUCCUGUGGUCCCCACAGAGCAAAUGUCGCAUCUUGAAGCACGCGCAGCAGGAGAAGAAGCGGUGCUGAGGAAGAGGCAUCUUUGAAAAGGGACUUUUUAGAGAUGGCCUCUUUGCUGAGCAACAUGACAUCAGUUGCAAUCAGCAGAAAUGUUUCCCACUUUCCAGAAUAGUCUUAAUUCUCUAAAGGUUUCACUUUAGAAAUUUAAACUGACGAAAAUAUAUUCUAAAACUAAA